AUGGAAUCUACCACUAUACAAAUUGAAGAAUCAUCAAGACAUCUAAGUUUGUCGUUUUUAAUUUUUAUCACCUUAGCCACUUUAUCGAUUGUUAUUGUCUCGGUCCUAUUUAUACUUUUGAUUUUCUUAUUUCCUAUAUUUGUCUUUAUAAGAAUUAAAAACCGAGAAUGGGACAAAGAAACUUCCAUCUAUCCAAUAACUAAUCAUUUCUUCAAAGCAAUUUGUUGGUUUUAUUUAUUUUUUGCCAUUUUCGUUAUUGAUUUAUUUACCGAAGGACCUCCUCUCUGGAAUAAGAAAAUGCAUGGUAUUCUUUUUACCGCUCUAUUGACAAUUUUCAUGACCACGAUAUGUCAUACUCAUCAUAUCAUUUUAUCAUUUUUGGCUCUUCAAAGAUUCAUUAUCUAUUUUUUCCCUUCUUCGGAGAAAUACUUGUUUUCAAAAAUCCCAAAAGGGACAUUCAAAUUUGGUUAUACUGCUGUUUUAAUAAUCAUUUUAUUCCUAGUGUAUAGAGCACUUGUUGAAUCAGUUGGUGCUGAGGAAUUAUUUGUUUAUUACAUUAUUUUGCACAGUUUUUUAUUUUUCUUUACUGCAUUGUAUAUUCCCAUUUUUGUCAGUAUUCGAAAACUGCAAAACUUAGCAUCGGCGAUGAAGAAUAAGCAACAUAAAUAUAUUUUGAAUCAAACUAUAACUUUAAUCACUUUUAAGACUAAUCAAAGCUAUAAAUUUUCAGUCGUUAUGCGAUUGUUCUUUUUUUCAUUUCAGACACAUUUUAUUAUGUUUCUGACUUUGCCUGGUAGUUUUAAGCCUUUCGAUGGUAUUUAUAAUCUUAUCAUUUUCGAUUUACUUUCCACUCCUUUAACUAUCCAAAUUUCAUACUUGCUUUAUAACAAGAGGACUACUGGACGAAGAAAUCCAACGCUGAGCAAUAUUUAUCGGGCGAUUUUCAAGCGGAAUUCCGUAGAACCGUAUGUGCGACGAGAAGUUGGUGUUGCGACAGUUGUUCCGACUACAUGA